GACCGUUUUCCGCAGUAACAAACACACUUGGAAGUUGAAACCGCAGAGGACGGCGAUGCGAAUCACCAUCGACGCAAUCCCUUUGGACCUUCUUCCCCUGAAUCUGAAUGUGCUCUAAGCCAUGUCCUCCGUCCACGUCGACAUCGCCGACGAUGCUGCCGCCGCAGCCACCGACGGUUUUUAUUCUCCGGCCAAACAGAAGGCCGCGAACCGCCGCCCCACCGUCCUCACCAUCCAGCGAGCGAGGCAGACCCUCUGCGCCGCCAAGGUGAAGCUCAUCCUUGCGGUUCUCACCUUCUCCUUCAUCAUUUACGUCUCCUCCAAGCUCAGCUCCUUCAUGGGUUGGAACCCUCACUAUCCUUCAUUCGUUUCUUCUCCCUCAAGGGGUGGCUAUACUGUGCUGAUAAACAGUUGGAAGCAGAGCUCUGUCCUUAAACAAUCUGUUGCUCAUUAUGCAUCAUGUCGUAGUGUUGAAAGAAUACAUGUGUCAUGGAGUGGAAGUGAACCACCAUCGGAGAAGCUGAUAGCCCGUCUAAAUGAGAUUGCGGUUCUGAAGUCCGAGGGAGCUCAGAAAGCAGACUUUAUAUUUGAGGUCAUUUCGGGAGAUCAAUUAGCCAGCAGGUUUAGGCCAAAAAGCUACCCCAACACUGAUGCGAUUUUCUCAGUUGAUGACAAUGUGAUUGUUCCGUGCCCUUCUCUGGAUUUUGCUUUCUCUGUCUGGCAAACUGCUCCAUUGUCAAUGGUGGGAUUCGUUCCUCGAACACACUCAGUAAAUAAGGAGCAAAAUAAUGUUGCAUAUUAUAGAUAUGAAGGAUGGUGGUCAGUUUGGUGGACGGGAACUUAUACCAUGGUUCUCUCAAAGGCUGCAUUCUUUCACAGGAAAUACUUGGACUUUUAUGCUCAUAUGUCUCCGUCGAUUCAGAACUAUGUUGCUAACGAGAGGAGUUGUGAAGACAUUGCAAUGUCCCUCCUCGUAGCUAAUGUUACAGGUGCUCCUCCGGUAUGGGUCAAAGGUAGCGCUUCUCUCUUUCUCCUUUAAGCCACUUCAAAUCUUCAAUCACAGGCAAAAUCUAUGAGAUUGGGGCAUCUUCCAUUGGCAGUCUGAGAGGGAGAAGCCUACUGAGAAACAAAUGUCUCAACGAUUUAAUAUCACAUUAUGGUAGUAUGCCUCUUGUUCCGACUAAUUUCAAAGCGGUUAGCGCUAAGAAUGAAUGGCUAUGGUAGUCAUUUUGUUUUAUUAAUCAAGGCAAAGCCAUUUCACCUAGAAGGAAAGAUUUUGUGUGAUUUAUGAAGGAAUCUGUCAAUAAUGUGAGGUGUAUAUAGAUGUAUGUUCUAGGGUCUCAAUAGUUUUUUUAUUCAUUAAUGUUUGGUACAAAACAAGCCUGGUCUACUGCCAAGAGUGGUGAUCUUGUGAAGGCCCUUUACUCUAUGUAACUAUGUAUGACUCUAAAAUUAAAUUACCACAAACUAGAAUGGAAUCAUUGAAAAUCUCUACUGAUUAA